AUGGCAUCUAAGGAUUCAUCGGAUGCAGCAGCACCUUUGGCAACAAAAGACGAAGCCCCAGGAAAUAGUCCAAUGCCCCCCAUAGGCGCAGCUCAAUUAACAUCCUCAGAUGUCAACGCUGUAGCCGUAAAAAUCGACAUGCCAACGAUCGACCGCAGGAACAUCGAAGGAUGGUUCCUAAGUCUCGAUUAUUGGUUCCCCGCAAUGGGUAUCAAAAGCGAUACCCAGAAAUUCAACACGGUGAUGGCAGCUCUCGGUCCACGUACGCUGCAAGAUUUCCUAGCCACGUUAGGAGAAGUGCCUGACCAGGGUCGAUAUGAAUUCGUCAAACAGCGACUAAUAACCUUCUGCACCGACAGCCAGCAGCGACGCUUAAAUCAAGUGCUGAACGAAACCCAGCUGGGUGAUCAAAGGCCUAGUCAGUUGUUUACGGAAAUGAUGCGGCUAGUCGGCGAUACAAUGAGAGAAUCAGCGGUAAAGAAUCUGUGGGCAAAACGUCUACCAGUUUAUGCUCAAGCUGCUGUAGCUGCGUGCUCAGGCCCACCGGAAUAA